AUGGCUGCGCGAAGCGGAAGUGCUACCGCUCUUCGGCGGCUUAUGACAGAGUACAAGCAGCUAACUUCGCAAGGCGCGCCGGAUGGGAUGUUCACCGCCGGGCCCAUCUCUGAAUCCGACUUUUUUACCUGGGAAGCGCUGAUUGUUGGCCCCAAGGACACACCCUUCGAAGGCGGCGUAUUUGCUGCCAAGCUCACUUUUCCCUCCGACUACCCCCUGUCGCCAUUCAAGAUGAAGUUCGAGCCCCCGCUGUUCCACCCGAACAUUUAUCCUGACGGGACUGUCUGCAUUUCCAUAUUGCACACUCCUGGAGAUGAUCCCACGAUGUACGAGCAAGCGUCAGAGCGGUGGAGUCCCGUACAGAGCGUCGAGAAAGUCAUCUUGAGCGUCAUCUCGAUGUUGGCUGAACCCAAUCUCGAAAGUGGUGCAAAUAUUGAUUGUUGCAAACUAUAUCGUGAUAAUAAGGCGGAAUAUGAACGUAUCGUCAGGCAAAUUAUCAGGGAACAGCUUGGCCUGUGA